GCUUGCGUACUCUCCGUUUCUGGUGCUUUUCUGCUUGAUUCCAGUACAUCAUUACCACCUAAAAAUGGACUAAUGACUGAUGGCCACUACGAAACACUAUUUAGAUUCUUUCUUGAUGAAAGAAAAACGAGAAUGCAGUUGCAACAAUAUGUGUUAAAUUUUGAUGCAAAAUUUGAUAAAUUGGCACAGCAGUGCAAUAGCUGUCACAGCAUGUCCACUCAACCACCGAUGAUGAAGUCAAGGAAUGAGACAGAGGAACUGGAAUCAAAAUAUCAGCAGCUGACUUUGAAAUUUGAAUCUAUGAAACUCAAAUUAGAACAGGAGUUGGCCUCUACCCAAAACAAGACCUCGUUGUUGGAACAGGAAGUUAUGAAUCUUAAACAAGUUAAAUCUAUCGACCAAAUUCAGACGUUAAGCAACGUUAAACAGAAGGUUCAAACCUUGACAGCCGAUGUCCAAUCCGUAAUGGUUAGUAACCAGGCACGUAUCCAGGACUUAAUUGCAAUGUAUAAUGACCAAAACGCAACUAAACAACGAAUUAUCGUACUGGAGAGCAUUGCCAAAUCACUGGAAAAUAAUCAGAGUCUUAUAAAUGCUAGAAUGAAAGAAAAUGACGAAUAUGUUGGUUUUACAGGAUUUGGUACAGGAAAUGGAAAGAAAUCACAUGGUUACCAGCUUAAAUUCCCUUCGAUCAUAUCCUCAUAUGGCAUAGCUAAUGUGUCGUCGAUUAAGAAUACUGGUACCUUUAUUUGUGAGAAGAAAGGACUUUAUAUAAUUCUUGUUACAGUGAUGAUUUGUUCAGAAAGCAAUUCCAGAUUUGCAAUUUAUAUAAACAAUCGACAAUUCGAAUAUUACGUAGGAAGUUCAUCUGGUUCUACACAAAAUUGUAAUUCAGGGACAGGAGCUGUAGUUGUUGAACUUCAUGUUGGUGAUGCUAUUAACGUUAGAAAUGUUGAUGGAAGCGUUGGUCUUUACGAAAAUUGGUCAUCAUUUUCAGCAUUUAGAUUAAAUUGA